CCCAGAAUGCAGUCUGGUAAACAGACAUGGAAGCACCAGGUGAAGACCUCCACAGAGGCUGAGCGCCGCACUCGCUCCUUCCCACCGUCUUCUGUCUACUUCGUCCAGUGCAUCCAGUUGAAUUAUACCUGCCCGGUGUCACGUUUGCGUCUCCAGCACCCAGAGCCUUGACUCUUCUCUCCAGUGACUGUGGCAGCCAGCGAUCACCCAAACUGAUGAGGAUCGUCUGAUUGAGUUAAAAAUAAGUUCCUUUUUUCUUAUUUUGCCGAGCGGAAAGAAUGUCGGAAAGGGCCGAGGAUGACGUCAGGGGGGAGCAGCGCCGAGCGGCCAGGCAGCAGAAGCAGCAGCAGCAGAUCCAGCGGGGAGAAGGCUCCACAGCAAUGGCGACUGUUGCGGAGCGGAGAUCCUUGCCUAGUCCAGAAAUAAUGCUGGGACAGCCUUGGAGCAACUGGGUCGACGCCGCCAAACUCCACGGCAACGACGGUGCUGAAUCGGAGGAAAGUUUCAAAGACUUCGGGAAAAAUCGAGAUGCCAUGCGUUUGUGCAGAGAAGACAUGCCCAUAUUUGGCCAGUGUCCCGCACAGGACGACUUCUACCUAGUGAUGUGCAGCCACUGCGGACAGGUAGUCAAGCCUCAAGCCUUCCAAGCACACUAUGAGAGAAGACACAGUUCGGCCAUCAAGCCAGCCUCCACCUCGCCCUUCCCCGUGCCGGGCAGGAACCGGAGCAGCGGCAGCGGGCCUGGCCUGGGCUCGGGGUCUGUAGCUGGAGUGGCGAGUGGAGGCAUCCUUGGCCGACCUUCCACCGCUGGAGCCAGCUUAUCCUCCUCCUCAACGUCCUCCUCCAAUCCCAAACUCCUCAAACCAGCCAAAGAGAAGCUGCCAGGCAUUCAGCGAAGACCCCCCUUUGCACCCUUCAGGAUGCUCCAGCCGGAAAAGAUCCUCACCCCGGCUGUCAAGGUGGAGAAGAUGCACCUGAGGGUGGACUCGUCAGCUAAGCUGGUGCAGGCGCCAUCGACCCCCGCCACCACCUCAUCCUCCUCUACAUCGUCCUCUAGCACCACUGUGAGCGCCAACACUACCACCAUCACCACCUCUUCCUCAUCAUCAGCCCUUAAAACUGGCCUUAACUGUCCCUCCAUACCAAAGCCUUCAUUAUUGGGUCAGAUUCCCAACGGCAAGGGCCACCUCUCAGUCCUCUCAGACAAGAAGCAGGACAGCAGCAGCAAUGCCAGUAGCAGACGCCACCUUAACAAGAAAGUGGCAGAACGCGAGUUCAAUCCAGAUACCCACUGUGGCGUUGUGGAUAUGACAGCUCGGAAACCAUGCACAAGAUCCCUAACAUGCAAGACACAUUCCUUAAGCCAGCGGAGGGCGGUGCCAGGGCGGAGAAAGCGCUUUGACACAUUGCUGGCAGAGCACAAGAACAGAACAAGGGAGAGAGAGAGAGAAGUCCACCCUCCCCAUUCCCAGCAAAACCCCUCUCUCAGGGAACCACACCCCUCCUCCCACCUCGUCGCCGCUGCCCAUGACACGCACCAGGUCACUCAUGGCAACGGCACCGCCCCAGAUGCCACUAAGCCUUUGCCACUCGGCAAGUCCAAAUUUCACAGCCCUGGUCUUCCACGACUAAACAGCGGUCAAGGAGGUGGUACCCCAGGAGACCCUGCAGUAGUCAACGAGUCACCACACCAUCCCCAAACUAUCCCAGAUGGGUGUUCCCGACCCUCCAGUGACGAGGGAGAGAACGAGGAGCGGGAGGACAACGCUGACAAACUGGACUGUCACUAUUCAGGUUAUCACCCUCGACCGGCAGCUUACUGUACCUUUGGAAGUCGACUCUUUGGGAGAGGCUGUUACUCCUUUGACCGGCGAUGGGACAGAGUGCGAUGUGCCCUAACCACGAUGAUGGACAAGCAUGUCAACUCUCAGAUGUGGAAAAAAAUCCCCUUGGCCUUGGAGAACUCCUCCGUUGCACCUACCCAUAGGACAAGCACAAAUUCCCAUGGUAGCACUCCCUCUUCAGGCUUCCUGGGCCCCCCUGCCACCUUGCCCCAGACUCCUUAUAGCCAAUCCUACGAGGGCAAGUCCGUGCUCUCCUAUGGGACCACCUUAAAUGCCCGCAGCUCCCCACAGGGCGGGGCUGAGCACCCGGCCUACGGCAUUACGCAGGCCCGACAAGUGUCUUCGUCGCCGCAGAUGCCUUCAGCCCACUCGUCCUCAUCCUCUUCUUCAGCUCCUUCCCUAGCCUCAGGCCGGGCGCUUAAGUCCCGUUCCUCCAGCAGCAGCACUACCAAGUCCUCAUCGUCCUUCAGGCCCAAGGAGAUCUCCUCUGGCUCCUCCACUCCUGUCAUUCCCAACUCCACUGGUGGGGGCAGCAGUGGAGCCAGCAGUAACAGUAGCAGCACUAGCUUCAGCUCGGGGAAGAAGAGGAAGAACAGUUCUAUUCUCUCUUCAUCACAUGGCCCCUCUGACUCCUCCUCUUCGAAUGCCAUCUACUCUUCCUCCUCUUUCAAGAAGAACUGUGCAAAUGUCGGCAGCUCAGGGAGCACCUACCACCACAGCUCAUUAGGUCCUGCAUCCUCAUCGUCAUUAUCCUCCUCCCACAGCGGAGUCCACAGCGUGGGGCUUAACUGCGGCCCCACUGUGCGAACCAACUCACUUAGUCUCAAGGCAGAGCCUUCUGGAGGUUCAGCAGGCGGCUCCUCGGGGCCGCCAGCAAGAGGGCCUCCCUCGGGCAGCCCUGCGGAGUCCAUCAAGCGCAUGAGUGUGGUGAUGAACAGCAGUGACUCUACUCUUUCCCUGGGGCCCUUUGUCCACCACCAAUCCUCAUCCGACCACCACACCAGCUUCAGCCACCACUCCUCAGACGGGCGCCUGGAGGGCAAGAAGCGCAAAAGCUCCCCUGCCUCCAGCGGCAUUAAUAGCGGAGCUGGAGGAGGAGGGCUUGGGGGAGGAGGAGGGGGACCUGGACCAGGUAGACCCAAAGUGGCCAAGUCACCUGCCAUUAACAACAUCCAUGGGAAGCACGGGCGGAGCAUUCCGGGGACGCCAGGGCUACCCAACAACUCCCAUUUACAUCAGCCAAAGGCUCGUCCCUGACAGCGGUGUCCGGCUUCUGUGUAUGGAACCGGCAGGCGGACGGGGAAUAGUUCGGAGCAGUCCGCAUACUGCUCUGGACUGCACGAGGCCUUCCAAAAUCAAACCCACAUUACUCUCAGCUUCCCACAAUCCUCAGGGUGGAGAUGAUCUGGACUGCCCAGUGAAGUCAAUGUGGUCCUUCCUCUUUCUCCCAAAGCCAUGUGUGUGUGUGUGCCUGCGUGUGUUUGUGUGUAUGGCGGGGGGGGGGGGUGGCGUGGAGCACCAGGGGUCUAAUGAGCGAGCCAAGGACCCCCCACGCAAGUGUUGUCCCUGUAUUCGGAGAGGUCUUCCUGUUUGGUUGGAAGUAGGAGGAACAAUAGCAACAGCCAUGGGUCUCUUGAGCUGCGGUUCAAAAGCUCUUCGGGUUCAGGUUAAGGGCUGCCGCAACAAGCCGUCGUGACACUGAGCAACUGGGGAGACAGCAAGCCGAUCUCCUCCGUGUUUGUUAGAAUGAGUGUGUGAAUGUGAGUGCGCGUACGAGUAUUUUUCUCACGUCAGAUUCUGCUGGACUACUGGAAUUUCCAACUUAAUUACACCCCCAGCGCCUGAUCUCAGAAGCCUUGGAAGGAGAGCACGAGGAGCAGCAAACUGUUACUUGCAACACCUUAACCAACAAACAAUCACUUUGUUGUUUCACUUUCUGUUAGACUGACUCUCUGGUGACAACAUCGAGUAGCCUCGGGUUACGCGCAGUAGCCUUGAGAGGAGCCCGUAGGGACGAUCUGGUCAAUUCUUUUAUUAUCCAGAAUAAUUAUGCAAGAGUUACCUUUUUAUGAUUUCUUAUGAGCUUUUUUACACCGAGCUACAAAGAGUCUUUGUAGACAGUGGUGACGAAAAGUUGUGCUUUCAAAUGUGAAAAGGACGCCUGAUGUGCCCAUUCGAUUGAAUCUUUUGUCAGAGAGCGAGCUUGGUCUUGAGGACACCUGUUCAUUUUAUGAAUCUUUUCUUUGUGCAAAAUGAUCCACACAGUAGACCUACCCCCGACUGUGAACAGCACUAAAUAACAACUUUCUCCACAGGCACCGAUUAGUUGUCCACAAAGCUAGCCAAAAGCUGCCAUCAGCUUUGCCGACUACUUUGUUUGUUUUUUUUUCCUUAUCUAAAAGGUCUUGCUCGUGAAGCGGUGAUGGUGCAUUGCCUGUGUGGACGUGAAGAAAAUCUGUGCAAACCGUAUCAUUAUUGCCACAACUUACCUACUUUGUACCCAUACAGAUGUAUGAAAUCCACAGCUGGUGUGGGCAGAUGUGAAUUAUAAUGUUUAUUUUUCCUACAUAGGGAAUCAGGUAUGGUACGUCUUAACUGGAGCAAACGUUAUGCACGUCACCUGUCUUCUGUGGGUUCAAUUCUCCCUCCUUAUGUGUAACCACUACCCAAGCUCUGGAUGUUACAGUUUCAAUGCCUCACCCAAACACUAUGAGUGUGUGUGUGUGUGUGUGUGUGUGUGUGUGUGUGUGUGUGUGUGUGUGUGUGUGUGUGUGUGUGUGUGUGUGUGUGUGUGUGUGUGUGUGUGUGUGUGUGU